AUGACUCUAUUCUGGGACGAUGACGGUGAGACAAGUGAAUCAGAAAAGUUAUCCAUGUCUAUCUGCUUGAACUUCAUGUUUAAGACACAAGAAGCUGACAUGACACGAAGAGUGACUCUUACUGUUUUUUUAGCGCGUGAAUCAGAUAAAAAAGCUAAAAUGAUCUUCUUCACCAUGACCCAAACGCCAUUACCAGAUUACCUACCUAAGCCUAUAAGGAAACAUAGAAAAGAGUGCGGUUGCCGAGGUGGUAGUCGUGGAUAUGGUGACAGUGGGUACGGUGGUGGCUACAGCGGAGGUAGUCAUGGAUAUGGCAGCGGCGGUGGCUAUGGAGGAGGCGGUGGUUAUGGAGGUGGUGGAGGUUACAGCGACGGUGGUAGCAGAGGCGAUGGCUGCUUCAAGUGUGGUGAGUCUGGUCACUUUGCUAGGGACUGUGACCAGGGUGGAAGCUGCGGCGGUGGUGGAGGUGGUAGAUAUUCUGGUGGUGGAGGUCGUGGCGGUUGCUACAGGUGUGGGGAAGAUGGUCAUUUUGCCCGUGAAUGUACCAGCGGUGGUCGUUGAUCAUGGAUCGAAACCCUCUGUUGCUUUUAUCUUUUAAGUUGUCAUGUUUAUGUUGCUUAUCUCUAGUGUUUUCUUGGAUAUGGUUGAUUUUAUAUCUUUAUUUUCUGCUCUUUAGCAAUGUCAUUUUGAAGCUUUUUAGUAAUGGGGAGUCAUAUUUUUGUUGGUGCUGCAAUAGAUAUACUCUGUACAACAUACAUGUUUUGGAAUCAAUAUCAAUUAAUCAGCUAUCAUGCUACAACAGAGGGGGAAUUGCUGAUCAUGUCAACAUUAAGCUACUGUCUCAGCUUAAUAAAGAAUAAGCUAAUUUUAAUUAUUUGUAUUGCAAAUGUUCCUUAGAUCUAGAGUAACUAUUUGUGUCUCUAAACCAGCUUCAUUAAUUCAAGUCGUUAUCU